CCUAUUGCAACCCCUUGAGGGAGAAAUGCAGCCAGAGCAAAGACUUUUAGGUUUGCAUUUUCAUGGUCUCAAGCACGUUCUCUUGGGGUCAUAAAGUCACCCCAUAGGUAACACCUGUUGGGAAUAUUUUCCUUUGAGACAGGAUAGAGGCUAAUCAUUUACAUAAAAGCUGUCCUAUGGAACCAGUGUGGGAUAGUGAUAAGAGUACUGGAAUAGGACUGCAAAGAUCUGCGUUCUACUUCCCCACUCAGCCAUGAAGCUCACUAGGAAAUUUUGGCCCAGUGAUGCCAUUUCAGCCUGACCUACUUUAGUGGGAUGUUGUGAGGGUAAAAUAGGGAAGAGAAGGGGGAUUAAGUAAGCCACUUUGUAUUGCUCACAUGAGGGAAAACGGCAGACUAUAAAUAUAGAAGAAGGGUCUUCUUGGUGGUUGCACCGCAACUGUGGAACAGGUUCCUCAGAGAGGAAUUGCUGUUGUCAUUUUGGUGCCAGGCAAAGACAUAUCUCUUCUUUGGCUAUUUUAAUAGUUGAUUUUAGUGGUAGUUUGACCCUAUUUCUGUUUUACAGUUGAUUUUAGUUUAAAUUGUUUUAUUCUAAGUUUAUGUCAUAUUUUAAUUUUGACGUAUUAUUAUAUUUUUACAUUUUGAAUAUGCAGUUAAUAUGAUUUGAACAUGUUCAGUGCUACUGAUUUUAGAAUGUUCUGCCAUUUUAAUUGUGGUAAGCUGCCCAGGGAGUGCAGGUAAGGGCUAUUUUAGUGGUAUACAAAUUAAAAAUAUAACAUAAUAGGUCUGAAGGAAGACAGUGGUGUAACUGGUUUGUGAAUUUUUCCUUUGGAGCAUGUCACUGAAGAAAUGAGCUUAUUAGCUGAACAUGGUGAAUGAAGUUGUAUCCUCGAACCUUUGACAGAACAGUCUUAUCAGUAGUGGACAAACCUGAAGCUGGAGGAAUUAAAGACUCAUUGGGCUUGAAUUAGCAGAGAGGGAGGCAAAAUAACAUUUUCCCCUCGACCACUUCACCUUUAUAAUUUGCUUUCCAUUGGAUGGGAUGGGAGGGAAGUUCUGUAUUUCCGCUUGAGGGGAUGUGAGUAGGCAAGGUUGUAAUGACCAUGGAAAGGUUGUAAUGACCAUGGAAUCUCUGCAUCUGAGGCUUCUCAGGACAUGUCUACAAAAUUACUAUUCUGUCACAUUUAUAUACCUCCUUUCUUCUUCUUACAAGGAAUCCAAAGUAGCUUAGAAAGUUCUCCAUUUUAUACUUACAACAACCACCCUGUGUGGUGGGCUAGGCUGACAGUCUGCGACUAGCCCAGAGUCACCCAGUGAGCUUCAUGGUUGAGUACAGCUAGAGCUUGGAUCUUCCCAGUCCCAGUCCAGUAUUCUUAACCCCAACGCCCCACUGGCUUUUCCCCUCAGCCACGUGGCUACCCCUUCCAGCUCUCUGUGAUGACUGGGAGGAGCUUUGUCUAGUCAGUUUUCCCCCUCUGAGGUUGGAACUUGUCCUCCACCCUCAGAGGUGGAGAUCCAAAACAUCUGAGAGACCCUUGGAUGUGUUCCCAAAGGCCCAUAGGAUCCCAGCCUAAGUAAAAGUUGUAGGACAUGUGUUUUAAAAAAUUAGUAGGCACAAUACAUAAAGAAGUUAAUGGUUUCUAUAUUGGAGGGCUUAUCCAGGUUCCAUGCUGAUAUGCCCCUAAGUGUUUCGAAUUGCUACUAUCUUAAAUAUUAAUAGCAAAUCUUGUGCUUCACUAUAUGAGCCUUUUGAUCCCUCACUUUACUAAAGCCUCUGCUUCUGGAUUCUUCUCGGGUGCAUCCACCACCCCAUCCCCAGUGUUUGUCUUUCUCUGCCUUUUUAUGUGUUUCAUUGCACACCCACCAGGUGGUGCUGCAGCAUAAUGGAAUUGCAAUAAUAUGCAAGGGUCUCUUUCUGGUUCUUUCCACCCUUUCCAAAUCCAGUUCUACUGAUCUAAAGGGGACAGAGGAGCAAUUAAAUGGUUGCAAAGAAGUGGAGUGGCCCUGGAGGAUGAGGACAUUGUGUAAGGCACAAGCAAUCUUCAGGGAUUGGAGAAUCUUGAGUGCACAAUGAAUGAGCUUUGUAGAGAAGACCUUAUUCUUCAAGUUAGGUCAAAAUGACUACUGAAGGAAAGGUUAUCAGCUGGGAAUGCCAAGGCUUGCAAAAGUUGAAAAAAAGUUACAGAAAAAACUCUAAAGGAGCACACACUAAGAGAGAGAGAGGCCCAGCAAGAAUUGAGCUCAGUAGCCACAAAACAAAACAGACUGGUUAUAGGAUGAAUAGGUGGGUGGGUACUGGAAUGAGGCAUUCUGCAAAAGGGCAUGGUUGGAUGGAACCCUGAACAAGAGCAAUCCAUUCACUCCACACUGCAACAUUUUGUUGCAGGCAGGCUAGAUGUGUGCCUGUUGAACUUGACAAAAUGACAGAAGUACUUCGUUAAAGUAAUGAACUCAUUCUGAUGGGAAAAUAACUGCAAUAGACUAAACUCUCAUAUUCUGGCAACCUAAGAAUAUUAUUUCCUCGAAGAUACUGGUGUGUAUAUGUUGCAGCUCCCUUCGCUAUGAAUGCCAGCACAGAUGCUGCCUCCGGCAAGCAUUCUAAAUACCACAACCUUAAGAAAAAUAAACUGAAUAUAUAAGGGAGCAGUCCAACAGACCCCAGUCGUGAUCAUCUUUGGAUUACCAGAUCUGAAGUUGGAAACUGUGCUUCAGCCUGGGAGCUGGGAACCACCCCACCUCACAGCUUUGCAUGCUGGCUUCCUCCCUGAGGUUGGGAACUUCACCUUGGAGGGGGGAAGGGGCAUUCUGGGGUGCAGGAAGGGGAAGAGAGUGCAGGGGCCUGGGUAUGACAUAUCCUGUGUGCUUGGCAGCCACCUAUGUGGAAGAAAACAGCACUCUGCUGUCACCUCUGCUGCUCCUCCCACUCUGCAUUGGAUGCCUUUAAGUUCCCAAGGUUGGGGGUCCUAUCAGGCAUACUGAGUGGAUUGCGCCCUGAGAGGAGCUAAAAAUGCAGUCUAUGGACACAGGCAAGUAUGUGGAAGGAAAGGAAAACUAGGCUUGCUUUACCAAUUAUUAAUAUCUCCCCUUCUCUUUUUAACAAUGUUAGUCACUGGGCUAACAAAGGAACCACUCAGGAAGAAAAUCCAUGAUUUUUGUUGGGUUGUACAGUCUGGGUUGUUCAUAGUUAAUGAUCCAUAGUUAUAGGAUUUGCACAUAGCAAUAAUCCAUAAUUCAACAACAGCUCAUAGUCAAGCCUUACUCCUUAUCUACUCUGUUACUGUUCUCUGCAAAGCAAGUCAAAGGCUAUGAUCUGGUAAAGUUGUUGAACCAAAGUGUGUGUUUCCAUUGCUGGCUAUUACUAAGAGGUGUUGGGAACCCUUUGUGCUCUUGAAAUUCUGUCACUGUUGGCAUUUGGAGCCCCUGAGUGACGCAUGGUGCAUUUAAUUGCACCAAUAUAUUUUCAUGCAAAACCAGAUGUUUUCAAACAUCUAAUGAUCCUUCUUCUCAUGUACUUUGAUUGAUUUAGGGAGUGUGUUUUAUUAAUGAUUCUGUGCAGAUUUUAAUAUUUUUCUUCUCUGUUGGUGAAUUAUGCAUAAUAUUACACCAGAGAGUGACAAUUUAAAUAAUAAAAACUAAUUGAAGAAUGAUGGUGAUAUGAUUUAGAAUUUCCCUGCAUCUCCUCUCCUGCAAUAUGCAGUACUUAAGACAUCUGUUGAUUUGGGACUCUUGUUCCCUGCUGCAGGUUGUGAUUAAUACUAUUAAAAUUCACUAGGGAAAUAAGUACCAGGGCAAAAGAGAUCUAGCAAUCAAAACCAGGUUCUCCAAAACAAGCUAUGGUAUCCUAAUACUUGCCUUCAGACUCAACAGGCGUCUUUGAGUUGAUUGGUUCUGUGUCAGCUUCCUUGCUUACUCUAUUUAAAAAAUAAGCUAAUAUUUUUAACUUUUGGAAGGUUAACAGCCUUCGGGAGAUAGUUUUAAAAAUCCUUUCCCUCCACUUAAUUGGAAUUAGCUGUUUGUAAUAUUACCCCCUCGGCAUUUAUUUAUUUAUUAUAAAUAAAUAAAUAAAUAAAUAAAGAUUAACACAUGUUCUUUCAUCCACUAAUUCUGCUUCGCAAAACAAGACCUCGGGACCCUGCUGUAUUUCACGUUGACAAGUGACAUGUGAUGCCAGUUGAUGGAUAUCAAAGUCGCAUCUCCUGUUUCAGUCCUUCCAAAGUCUGCCUAAUCUAAGACAUAUAUGGUCUAGGGAAACAUGUGCUCAUUUUUUCCUGUCAUCGCAGUUCUGAUUGGAGGAUUUUUUAGGUCCAAAAUAUCUCAAGGAGUCUUUAGGAUUAUUGGCUGCAUUUCAGGUUUACUCUUCUCUGCCCCCUCCUCCUUUCAUUUCCCCCACCUUGGAGUUUUUCUCCACAAGGGAUUUCCCUUGUUAUGCUGAGACGGAUUAUGUAGCUGUUUAGAUGCAAGCCUCUCUCUGCUUCUUCCGGAUGGAUGCGGUAUUCUUGAUGCCUAAUGCAGAAAUCAAUUGGACGGGUUGCUUAGACUGCUACUCUUCAUGUUGCGACGUGGGAAGUAAUUUAAUUUUAUUAAAAUGCCAGUCCGGCGGACUCGGCACGGUCAUCUGAAAGGAGUGAGGUGGGCUACAAUCAGCCUGAGCACAAGUUGUCCAACUACUCAACGCCAGGUUCAAAAUGGACCUUCUCCAGAUGAAAUGGAAAUUCAGAGAAGGCAAGCGAUGGAGCAGCAGCAGCAGCAGCAGCAGCAGCAGCGUCAGGAAUCUCUGGAAAGAAGAACCUCUACCACAGUUUCUACCCUUCAGAUAAAAGUGUCUUCUUCCCCUUUCCACUGCCAGUCUCCUCCUCCUGACUACAGUCACUACAGUGCUUCCACUUCUGCUGCGGCUGUUCCUCCUCCUCCUCCUCCACCUCCUCCUCCAUAUGCCAAAGUCAUUUCAUCGGCAUCUCCUCCUCUCCCCGAACCUGCUUGCAAAGCCUCUUUCAGAUGCACUGAUGGGGCCAGGGAGUCCCCCCUGCUUUGCCACCGACAUCCUGCCUCCGAGUUCCCGCCAUCUCCGGGCCCUUCUUUUCCUUCAGCCUGGCCAGGCCAGCGGACUGUGACACGGAGCACCAAGCAAAUCUCUUUAUCGCCUCCUCCUGCCCCUGCUUCCCAUUAUCCUUUCACCACUCAGCAGCCUCUCAGACGUUCCUCUCUCUCAUAUUCUCCUCAGUCUUCCUCCCCUCCUGUGACCUUGACAUCUCCUAUACAAAAGGGGCUGUUCUUGCAGCCCCAUAUUCCAGUAGUCCUUCCUGUGAUUCCUGCCCAAAAUGGCAGAAUCCGAAGGCCUACAGACACAGUGGUCCAAGAUACUUCAGCAAAUGUACCUCAACUAGAUCUGAAUGGCCACCAGGAAGAACGUUUUGCCACACAAUUUCCUCUAAGCUCCUCUAGGACCCAGGUAAAGAGAACAGACGAGUCCUUUUUCUCAUACGUAGAACCCGUGCCUGUUCCACAUCUGCCCAUCCUUACUGGCCCGGCUGGGCCCUAUAUGCAGCCCUUUUCUCGGCUCUCCCAGCAGUUGCCUCACUCGUCACACCAGUUCUAUCCAUCCAUGUCACAUUUGGUUUCAUUGCCUCCUCAUUACUCGGCUGUGUCUGAGGUGAAUUUGUCCAAGAGGACCCCACCUUACAUGACUUCAUCAACCAUUUCCCACUUGAGCCCUGCCCUUCCAGCAGGUCACCCCUCUGCUGCUGCAGGAAUGCCCACCUCGUCUGGUGGACCACCCCCUCCGCCACCCCCACCGCCUCCUCCUACAGGAUCAGUGCCUCCUCCUCCUCCCCCACUGCCAGCAGGGGGUGGCGGAACUGGCACUGAUGACGGAUCCGUGUCAGGACUAGCGGCGGCUCUGGCUGGUGCCAAACUAAGGAGAGUACAACGGCCAGAGGAUGGAUCAGGAGGAUCGAGUCCCAGCGGAGCUUCCAAGAGCGACGCCAAUCGGACAAGCAGUGGAGGAGGAGGGCUAAUGGAAGAAAUGAACAAACUCUUGGCAAAAAGGAGAAAAGCAGCAUCACAGUCGGACAAGCCAGCUGACAAAAAAGAAGAGGAAAGCCAAAAUGAAGAUGCAAGCACCUCCCCUUCACCUGUUACACGAGGUCCUGUUCAGCAGCAGAAUUCUUCAGAUGCUGGGAAAAAGCCUUGGGAAAGAAGCAACUCUGUGGAAAAACCUGUCGCUUCGUUACUCUCCAGAAACCCAUCAUUGGGGAGAAGUCCAGAACCUAAGAGCCCCAUUCAGUUCCAAGCAUCCUUUAGGAAAACAACUUCCCAACUCCUGAACAAGCUCCCUCCAUCUCCUUGGGAAUACCCCUUAGAUUUCAGGAUGAAGCCGGCAAGCAGCAGCAACGAUGUGGCAAUGGAUACCUUAGAUUUUGAUCGCAUGAAACAAGAAAUAUUGGAGGAAGUUGUAAAAGAGUUACACAAAGUAAAAGAAGAGAUUAUUGAUGCCAUCAGGCAGGAAUUGAGUAGAAUCAGCACAACAUAAUGGCCAUGGAAACAUACAGAAGUUAAAAGGAUACGGAAGGCAACUGGAUCAUUUCUAAGUGUACCAAGAUCAUGCAAGAUGGUGAAAGAGGACACCUGGCACUGUCUUUUGUUCCUAAAUCCUUUUUAUUAGCAGACUCAGCAGACUCUGAACCUUGCUGCUGCCUUGGAUUUGCUUCAUUUAAAAAAAGAAAGAAAAAAAGUCUUAAAAUCUUAAAAAAGAAAAUAUUGAAGUUUAAAUUUCUGGAUUUUUUAAAUUUCAUCUGACAAUGCACAUCAGAUUUGGUCAGCCUUUUUUGUAUUUUGUAUUUGCUUAUUUAAAUGUAUGACAUUUUUCUUUUUAGUAUAUAGUAGGUAAGGAAACACGUGAACCAUUUGCUUUUACUAGAUGACUUCAAAGUAAUUUUACUGGUAGCCUGCAAUGUAAAUGAAGACCUUUUUGCCAACAGAAUCUCAUUUGUGGCAUUACCAGUGGAGGCCGAAAGAUGCCAGCCGUCAGCCAGUCAGUCCCUGGUCUCAGAGCUGUCACAAUAUUAAAGCGGUACAUCAGUGCAUCACAGCAUCUGUGUUCAUAUUGGUAAUAAACUGUUCAUUGUCCACGUGC